GACAGCAAAGUGUGACACUGGAAACCACAAGCUGGGACUUACCAAGUGGCCUCUGGUCUUUUUUUACCACAUUUCCUCUCUUUUUGUCUUAUCAUUUUCCAAGGAGGAGGCAUUUUCACUGACAGCUUCUUGAACAGCUCUGGGACAACAUUUUUCUGAGGAGGCAAGCUCUUGGCUGUAAUAUUUCAUUGCAGUCAUGGCCCCUAAGAAGAAGAAUGUGAAAAAGAACAAAGCAGAUAUCAAUGAAAUGACUAUCAUUGUGGAAGAUGGCCCGCUCAGUAAACUAAAUGGCUUGAAUGGACUCUUAGAUGGAGGAAAUGGUUUCAGCUGCAUUUCAUCUGAAGUUUCUGACCCAUUAUAUAGCCCGAAUCUCUUGGAAGGUCUAAGCAGAAUGAGACAAGAAAAUUUUCUUUGUGACUUGACUAUCAGUACCAAAACAAAAUCCUUCAGCGUUCAUAAGGUCGUGAUGGCUUCAAGCAGUGACUACUUUCACAACAUCUUAAAGAAAGAUCCAUCCACUCAAAGAGUGGACCUCAAUGAUGUAUCCCCAUUGGGUCUAGCUACUGUUAUCACCUAUGCUUACACAGGAAAGCUUACUCUCUCACUUUAUACAAUAGGUAGUAUUAUUUCCACAGCAAUUUAUCUGCAGAUUCACACCCUUGUAAAGAUGUGCUGUGAUUUUCUAAUUCAAGAAAUCAGUGUUGAGAAUUGUAUGUACGUUGCCAAUAUUGCAGAAACAUACGGACUAAAAGCAACCAAGGAAGCUGCGCACAAAUUCAUUAGAGACAACUUCAUUGAAUUUUCAGAAACGGAUCAGUUCUUAAAACUUACCUUUGAUCAGAUUAAUGAACUUCUUGCAGAUGAUGACUUGCAGUUGCCUUCUGAAAUUGUUGCAUUCCAGAUUGCAAUAAAAUGGCUGGAAUUCGACCAAAAAAGAGUAAAGUAUGCUGCUGAUCUCUUAAGUAACAUCCGUUUUGGUACCAUCUCAGCCCAAGAUCUUGUCAAUUAUGUUCAAACUGUGCCAAGAAUGAUGCAAGAUGCAGACUGCCAUAAGCUCCUAGUGGAUGCCAUGAACUAUCAUUUGCUUCCCUAUCACCAGAAUACACUUCAGUCCAGAAGAACAAGGAUCCGUGGAGGUUUCCGAGUCUUAGUUACUGUUGGGGGACGCCCUGCUCUAACAGAAAAGUCUCUUAGCAGAGACAUCUUAUACAGAGAUCCUGAAAAUGGAUGGAAGAAGCUGAGUGAAAUGCCAGCUAAAAGUUUUAAUCAGUGUGUCACAGUGAUGGAUGGGUUCCUUUACGUGGCUGGUGGGGAAGACCAGAAUGAUGCCAGGAACCAAGCCAAGCAUGCAGUCAGCAAUUUCUGCAGAUAUGACCCUCGUUUCAACACCUGGAUUCACCUGGCAAACAUGAAUCAGCGGCGCACCCACUUUAGCCUGAAUGUAUUCAAUGGCCUCCUUUAUGCAGUAGGUGGCCGCAACUCUGAGGGUUGCCUCUCCUCGAUUGAGUGCUAUGUGCCUGCAACUAACCAUUGGCAGAUGAAGGCACCCCUGGAGGUGCCCAGGUGCUGCCAUGCCAGUGCAGUGGUGGAUGGUCGGAUCCUGGUCACAGGGGGUUACAUUAAUAAUGCUUACUCUCGCUCGGUGUGCAUGUACGACCCCAGCAAAGAUAGCUGGCAGGAUAAGUCCAGCCUCAGCACCCCAAGAGGGUGGCACUGCGCAGUGUCCCUUCUGGAGAGGGUCUAUGUCAUGGGUGGGUCUCAGCUGGGGGGGCGAGCUGAAAGGGUCGAUGUACUCCCUGUGGAGUGUUACAGUCCUUACACAGGGCAGUGGAGUUACGUGGCGCCACUUCAAACUGGAGUUAGUACGGCUGGCGCCUCCAUCCUUAACGGGAAAAUUUACUUAGUGGGUGGCUGGAAUGAAAUUGAGAAAAAAUAUAAGAAGUGCAUUCAGUGCUAUAACCCAGAUCUCAAUGAAUGGACAGAGGAAGAUGAGCUGCCUGAGGCCACUGUGGGUGUAUCCUGUUGUACCAUAUCCAUGCCCAGCACCAAGACGAGGGAGUCCAGGGCCAGCUCAGUCUCUUCUGUCCCAGUCAGUAUUUAAAUACGGGUCUACCCAGCAAUAUGUAGAAAUGUUUACCAGCACAGCAGUAUAAUUAACCUUUUAAGUAGCUUUUUUGUGCUUACAUGGAAAAAAAAUAAUUGGCUUUGCAAAAGUUUUAACAGUGCAAAUUGACAAGUUUUCAGGAUCAUGCAGGUGGUAUGAAACAGCAUAUUAGGGUUAAGAUUAAUUUCUUAGCAGGAAGAGUUAACCCAUAAGUGCAGAUUUUCAUUCUCUUCCUGACUUUACCACUGACUUACUGUACUAUCUGUGGCAAAUCAUUUAAUUUCUUUGUGCCUUGGUUUCCUCACUUGUAAAAUAGAGAUAAACUUGCUUCAGAGAAUUGUUGCAAGGCUUUUUUAAUACUGAGUUUUCAAUGCUUUCAGAAUCCCAAAUGGAAGUCAAAUAUUGCUAGUAAUAAAUCUCAACAUACAUCAGAAAUGUGCCAUGUUUUCAUGAAAUUGAUCAGGUUUGUUCUUUUCUAAGCAUCUUCUAUUUUGACAAAUGGAAGGAAAAAAAAAGUAGCAUAUGGCACGCGCAUACUUUUCUCCUAGGCCAGUGGUAUUCACAAGAAAUUUCUCAAAACAUUUUCUCCUUCAGAAGUUAGAUCCCAUGAGAUUCUGCCACGAAAGCCUUUAAUUCUCUAAUGCUGUGUCAUGACUUUCAGGAUCUGAAUCCAACAAAAUCUACCUUAGCUCAUGAAAGCACUGUGGGCCAGCCCCAUGGGCUGUCUUGGGUGCCAGACUGCUCUCUCGACCUCCAUGUGUACAUCAAGGAACAGAUCACCUCCUCUUCAUGCCAGGAGGACUUUCCUGUUACUGCAGGUGGAAGGCAUGUCAGUAUGUCUUCAAUAUGUCUUCUCCUGUUCCUGCUCCUCUCAUCUAUGUAGGAAUGUACCUGUGGCUUUUCUUCUCCUCUGGGAAGGUCCUCACCAAUGCAAGGAGCUAGGAGCUGCCACAGAAGAGGCAAAACCUGGAAGCUGGGUUCAUACCAGUAGGCACCAAGGGCUAAUGGUGUCUGAGCUUGGAGCAGAUGCACAAAGCCUCUCUGUUACCCAGUAUUAUUCUGGCAAAUAACAGUGGAAUGAGGAACAAGGAUGGAAUAGACUGCAGGAUUUGCCUUUAAGAAUAGGAUAUGUGUGGGAAACAGCAAAUCAUAUGAAAACUGGAUGAAGUUAAAUAGACUUUCCUUAAUAGGAACAAAGAGAUACCUUAACACCUUUCUUACCAGGUGUGGGCACUACAUCAUUCAAAGUAAUCUCCUCCUAAGCAUACCAGUAUGUACCUCAUUUUGAAGCGUUCAGCCCUAUUUAUGGAGGCUUUAUUCACAUUUAUCCAAAGGCUAGACUAAUGCUGUGCUUGUUGAAGUCUGUGAAGUUCUCCCAGGGAAUACAGAGAAGUCUUUGUUCAACUUAGAUUACUUUCCAAGAACUUUUCUUCCUAAAUUCAGCAUGUAGUGGGGGAAUUAAGCAUGAAACCUAAUCCUAUUCCCUUAGCCAAAGAGAUAUGCAGCCUGUAAUGUCCCUUGAGAAUCUGAUACCAAAGGACUGCUGCCAGCACAAAAUGUCUAGAUCCUUCUAUUUGGGAAGGAAAGAAGCAAUACAAGGAUCUAUAAUGAUUUAAUAUAAGUAAAAGGGUAGAAGUUCACUAUCCUUAACCUAUUCAUAGAGGCUUCACAUGCAGUUUCGUCAUAUUAUCAUUGAUACCUGGUGUCAAUGAGAAGGCAUGCUUUUAGCAGUAUUUAUAAGGCAGACAGAUUUUUAUCUCAUUUGAAAAAGGGGAAUGCUACAAAAUUGUCUGUCAACACAGAUGUUGUUGAGGCAAGCAUCUUCAGGACUCAUGCUCUGCUCUUUGUAGCUUUGUCGCAGCUACAUAUUGAGCAUCAGCAUGAGCGUGACACAGUAUUAGAGAUGAAGUAAUUCACUCUGUCAGUUGAGAUUAAACUCCAUGGUACACGGUCCUGUCUUCCAGGUCUAACUUAGUGCUCAUAUCUGCAUCCUGAAUACACAAUUUUAAAUCUUACAUUCUGUUUUUGAGUGCUGCAUGUUAUUACAAUAUAAUGCAACGCAAUGACUUUUGGUCAGAGUAGCACUGUCAUAUAGUUUUGUUUAAUUUAAUUAGCAUACAGUAUCCUUUAUCCCAUUGAAUUCAAAUGAAUAAUAAUUCAAACCAACAAUCACAGAACAAAACAUGGAAUUAUGUAACAUAGUAAGAUUAAUUUCGGUUUAAUAUGAAAAGGCUGUUCUUGCCCAUUCUAGUCACCAAAAGCUUCCUGUGAAUGAGUACAAAAUUUCUCUUUUCCCAAAGCCAUGCCCUCAAACAUCAUUGGAUGAAUUUGUCAUACACAAGUGUCUCUUUUUCCCUUUAGGAAUUCAGUUCCAAAAUUAUAUGAGUAGUCAAACAUUGCUGCACAGUCUCUUCUUUGUGAGACAACACUUCCUAUACAUCAACAACCAUCUUCUGGUUUUGAGUAGACAGUUAUUUGUGAGUGAUGGGCUAAGUGCAGUGCAACUACUCUCUUACUAUUUAAAGGGUUAAUUGGGGGCCAAAUCUUUUUCAUCUCACUCAGAAAAAGGUUCCAUUGACUUCAGUGGGACUACUGUAUAAGUUGUAUGGGAUUUCAAACUCUUGGCCAAAUUCUGGCAGAGCAGUAUAUGUAGAUGCCUGCCAAAACUGUCAUAUGCAGAAGGAAGACUGCUCUACAGCCUCUACUACCCUUGGCUGUGACAAAUCCAUAAAGACUUGUCCUAGGACAGGAGCCAAGUAACACUGGCUAUGUGUUCUUUCCAUAGCACAAAUUAGGCACACACUUCAGGCCAAAAAUUGUAGGUAGGUUAAUAAGUGGUAUUGUUAUCAGUACAGCACUUCAGGGUGAUUUUAUAUUAUUUUCCCUAAACAUCUGUUUAGGCUUCAGCUGCACAUUGAGCCAGGAUUUGGCCCUCAAUAUGCGACAAUAUUAGCUGGACUUAGUAUUAUUUUGAUCAUACCAAUGUAUUCAGCUAUUUGUGACAAUUUUAUGUACAAUCUUGUUUUGUUAGAACUGUGAAAAAUAGUUUGUGUGUUGUGUUUUAUUGUCUGGUACAGUAUUUGCAAUCUCCAGGUGUUUUAAUAACAACAUCUCAGUUGAACUUGACAUAUUGUAUAUCCCAGAAAUAAAUUUUGAAAUGCAGUUUAGGAAGUUCUGGAUAUGGUAAUAUCAAGUAUAGUAAAGGGCUGCCAACUGUACAAGAUGCAGAUUGUUAAAACGCUACAGGGAUCUUCUUUAAUGCUAUACUAAUAGUAAAAAAGAUAGAUAGAUAGAUAGAUAGAUAGAUAGAUAUGCUGUUGUCUUUGAAGUUCCUUAUGUCCAUGUAUUUUAUAGUCAGCAGGGAAUUCAGAUCUGAAAAUAAGCUUUUUUCAGUCUGUGAGUGAUAGCAUUUGAUAAUGUUUUGUUUUCUUGUUUAUUCAUGCUUGUGUAGGUGUAUGGGAGAAUCUAUUACAAGGUUGUGAGGGAGGAAUUUCCUGUUGGAAAGUUACACUGAAAGGAAGAUGUUGUGCUUAGCUCUUAAUCAAGAUGAAAUUACGACCAUUUAAUCUCUUCUUGCAGUUAACCCACAGAAUCAUCUGUGGAUCAGUGAAGAAUUCAGUAAGCUUAAGUGCUAACUUCUAGCUGGUCAGAGAAGGAAGAGGACAAAAUUAGCUUCAACCAAAGCUAUGAGGUGUUGAAAAGUGCUCUGUGUUGAGAUUUUAAAGUUUUGUGGGAAAAAGUACAUGAUGAAUGAGUGAAAUGACUGAAUAAGGCCAUGCUUUAUAUUAUCCUGAAACCUAGAUUAGUUGAUCUUAGUUUUAACUCUGCUGGGUUUAGGAAUAGCUUUUCCCUAGUAGCAGCUGGGUUGAGUAAUUCUGAUUGCAAACCCCGCAGUCACACAAAUAGUUGUAUGAGCUUGCAUACCUUCUUGAAUUCAGUGGGACUCCUCCUAUAUACUCUCAUGGGUUUAUGUUUGAAAAAUUAAAAUACAGGAACUAAAUCCAUGAAUAGACAACAUCUAAUGAAAGCCAACAUCAAGGUAUUAGAUUGAUCCCCAAUAUCACCAUUCAACUACCCACUUACCAUGCAGGCAUAUGAAAUUUUUUUGAGACCAGAUUUCCCUCUAAGUAUUAUUUCCUUGGUGAUAGAUGCUCAGUGAAAUCCUAUGUAUGAUCUAAGGGACUCUGAGGUGCAACACACAUGAUAGAGUGCAGAUAGCAGAAAGGGGAAGAUGGAGCCCCUUAGAACAGUCAGUAGACUAAGAUUUUGUUCCUAGUUCUCGAGGACGUUGGAGAAGUAUGUGCUAGAAAGAAGCAUCUGCUUCUACACUGCAACACAUACCUUUCCGUAAGCAGCUUUGCUUACAUUCCAUACCUGAGAUGGGCCAGCCUUUCUUAUGAAAAGCAAGGCUCAAUUUUAAAUUGCCUCUAAGUUAAAUUCUCAGUUGAAUUUUCAGUCUGUUUUAACCUGGGCUCACCAAGCUGGGAGACCUUUUCUGAAGUCUGAAUCUACCUGCUUAGAGAAUGCAAUUGAAACCAAUAGUCCUCCUAUAGUCUCUUGACCCUUCUGCAGUAAAUCUUACCCUUUUGUUAAAGACCUACUUUGUAUAAGUAAUCAAAACCAUUGUAAUGCAUAGAUUUAUACUUUGCCUCUUCAGUGCAAGAGGAAGAUCUCUUGUUCCUUUAGUUUAUUUUCUUACCCAUAACUGAUUGACUUAUAGGGCACCAAAGAAGAUGCACAGAUGUGAACAGUAUAUCAAGGCUCAUCUGUGAAUAUAAUUCAAAAAAUCUCAUCAUUGGUGGCCACAGUAAAGAAAAAGGGACAUUCUGGAAUGCCUGCUGGGGAAAAAAGAGUUGAAAAAUGAGUUGCUGGUGCUCGUUUGCAAGUGUGACACUGCUCAGAGCUCUGUUCCCAGACGUUCCCUAAAGAGUAAAGGAAAAUACAUGCAAUUCUGUAUAGCUUGUGUGAGAGAUUCAGUUAAUAUCAGAUGAGUUUUGCCAUGCGAAAGACUAGUAUGAGUUCGUUGUUGUCUUGAGGAAAAAUACAUUUUCAAUAAAAAACAUAGGCAGUUAGUAAACUUCUGAGGAAUAUGUAGUCGAUUUCUGUCUGUAAGAAUGGGAACACACACAUUUAGAUACACUGGAUGUUACACUAGUUGCUGCCUUGGCAGUUUUUUGUCAAUGGGAAAAGUUAGAAGUAUAACUUAUUUGUAUAAAGCAUUUCCCUGGCUUGUAAGCGUUAAACAUAUUGCUUAUACAGAUAGGUUUUCUAGUUAUACACUUUAAGGAUGGACUGUGAUAACACAAGGGAACAUAUUUGAACAGAAAAAAAAGUCUGUAAGUUUAAUGUGAGAAUGUUACCUCUUAAAAGUUAAAAUCUGCAGUGCAGCAGUUGUCAUUGAGAGGAAUAACAGCAUGCUGGUAGUUUUCAUUGUAUGCUUUGAAUAAAACUGUUGACACACACUGCAAACAAAUUAUUCUUAAUGUAAAAUCAGUUGGAAACUGCGAGACUCUCUUCCUGACAAAUGCCUGGUUGCAGUUGAAAUAUGCUUUGUUUUCUGAGCCCGUGCUGAUCUUUGUUUUCAUAUCAGCCAACUGGAAUGUUUGUGGCAGCCAGGCUGUCAAACCACCUUCACAAUAAGCUACACUGUGUGACACUGGAGCCACUUUUAUCUUUUUCAUUUUAGUACGAGGACAACAAUUUGCUUUUUAAUGAUGAAUUUCACAGUCAUUUGUUGUAAUCAAAAUGCCUAACAAAAAAUCAUGUCAAAUCAGAUGUCUGAUGAGCAAUUGAACAUGUUUUAUUUUGGAUUGUAUGAGUAACAGCAUUGGAAAUAAAAACAUCUACAUUUC